AUGAACGGCUCCUCCUCUUCCUCAUCCGCCCAGCCCUCGUCCUCUCGACUCGCGCCUAAUCGCACACGCUCUGGCUCACUCUCAGAAAAGGGCGCAGCAGUCCUACGCGCCUUGCAACGUGCGCCAGAGGACGAGUCCCCCGAAGACACGCCGCCUGGCGCCCUCACCCCUCACUUGGAAGUAGAUACAAAAGUCGAAGCGGCCGACGACGAUGCCGGUUACGCACCAGAGGGACUCGACGGUGUCUCCCCACGACCUCUCGCGCAGCACCAGCAUCCGCGCAACGGCAAUGGCGGUGCAGGGGAUCUGGCAGAUGUGUCCCGUGCAGGCUCCAUCGUGGGGUUGAGCGAGGAGCAAAAGCUGCAGGGGAGGGCCAAUCGGGAGGGGCUGAGGAGGAGGGGAGAGGCGAAGGAGGUAGAGAAGAUUGUUGGCUCCGGUAGACCGGGCGCCAGGAGAGGGGGUAGUGGGAGCGAGGGAAAGAAGAGUAAAAAGAGUUGGGAGAUUCCGAGGAAGAUAUUUCAUUCGAGCAUUGGCUUCCUGGUUCUCUACCUCUACCUCGCCCACCAUAACCUCGGGGCCGUCGUUCGCGGGCUGUCCAUCUUCCUGGGAAUCGUCAUCACGGCAGACAUCAUCCGCCUCAACAAUGACGACUUUGAGCGGAUCUAUGAGAAAGUCUUGGGCUUUCUCAUGCGAGAAUCCGAGAAGGACAAGGUCAAUGGCGUAGUCUGGUACCUAAUCGGCGUCAUCUUCUCGCUUCACUUCUACCCAGCAGAUAUCGCCUGCGUCUCCAUCAUGAUCCUCUCCUGGGCGGACACAGCCGCCUCGGUCUUUGGUCGCCUCCUAGGCCGGUACACUCCCCCUCUUCCCUCCCCACCCUUUGCAGCGCGCAAGUCCCUCUCGGGCUUCCUCGCAGCAUGGAUCGCAGGCGGGUGCGUCGCCCUCCUCUUCUGGGGUGGCGGAAUCGCAAUGAAGGCGGAACGUUUCGACGGGGCAAGCUGGAAUAGCCACCAUGCCGUGCUGGGGGCGAGCGCACCUGGAUGGGCCCACUCAGGGUGGUGUGGCUGGUCGUGGGGAUUCAGGGGACGAAUGCCCACCGAGCUGGCGGACAAUGCAAAGUCUGGGCCACUAAACGCAGCAUGGGAUGCAGCGUCCCGCGUAGUCGCCUCGGCGGCUUCGUCGGUGAAUGGCGUGCCUGCUAUGCCCCUCCCACUCGUAGCGCUGGGAGCGGGCCUGGUGGCGGCCGUUGCCGAGGGAUUGGAGCUCGGAGGGCUCGACGAUAAUCUUUCGUUGCCCAUCUUGAGCGGUUUUGGGAUUUGGGCAUGGCUGUGGGUGUGGGGACAGGCGGCAGGAGCCUUUGUAGGGGCGCAGAGGAGCGUCUUGGCUUGA